AUGACUAUGCUGAUUGCCUCCCAACUGGAACCAGCGUAUGCCCGGACAGUUUACCCAUGUUUUGAUGAACCUGCCAUGAAGGCCACAUUUAAUAUCAGAAUUGUCCAUGACCCAAGCUAUGUGGCUCUUUCCAACAUGCCUGCUAUUGAUGUAUCUGAAAUGAAGGAUGAAAACGGAAGCCUAUGGACGGUGACCACAUUUAACACUUCGCUGAAAAUGUCAACUUACUUGACUGCUUUUGUGAUUUGUGAUUUUGAUUAUGUCACCAGAACCGAGCGUGGAAAUCAGAUACGUAUUUGGGCUCGGAAAGAGGCAGUUAAAAAUGGGUAUGUUGACUACGCUUUAAAUAUCACAGGCCCAAUAUUUUCAUUUCUGGAAGACUUACUUAAUGUCAGCUACCCUCUGCCAAAGACAGAUCUGGUUGCGCUGCCUGAUUUUGGAGCGGGUGCUAUGGAAAACUGGGGAUUAAUGAUUUUCCAAGAAUCAUCGUUGAUGUACCUCCCAAGUGAUAAAUUCACAAGCAGAAAGGCAAUGAUUGCCAUAAUUGUGUCACAUGAGCUAGGACACCAGUGGUUUGGAAAUCUGGUUACAAUGAACUGGUGGAAUGAUCUGUGGCUUAAUGAGGGACUGGCAUCUUAUUUUGAGUACCUGGGAGCUACCUUUGUUGAACCCAAGCUUUCACUGGAUAAAAUAUUUUAUGAUCAUGUUGUACAACCUGUCUUAAGGGAAGACAAUGAAAUAGGAGUUCGAUCACUGUCAGAGAGUGAAGACAAGAUCAAUGGAUCAUUUUCUUUAAUGUCUCUGUUUGACAGCAUCACAUACAACAAGGGGGCUUCUAUUACCUGGAUGCUUGCUGGUUUCCUGACUGAGAAGUUGUUCAUCAGAGCGCUGACUUUAUAUCUGAAAGAAUUUUCCUUCUCAAAUGCUAACCAAGAUGAUUUCUGGACUCACAUACAGAUGGUCGUAGAUGCACAGGAUGAAGUUCGUUUGCCAGCAUCUGUAAAACAAAUAAUGGAUUCCUGGACAUGCCAAAAUGGGUUUCCAGUUUUAACAUUAAAUCUAACCACUGGCACAAUCAGUCAGGAGCAAUUUCUUAAUAAAAAGAAUGAAAAUAGUACAGAUUCUUACAAUAACACGUGGAUUAUUCCUAUUUCUUGGAUGAGAAAUGGAUCAUCACAACCCUUAAUGUGGCUAGAUAAAAGUAGCAAAGUGUUUCCUGAAAUGCAAGUCUCAGAGUCAGAAUAUGACUGGAUCCUGCUAAAUGUAAAUUUAAGUGGAUACUACAGAGUGAACUAUGAUCAAUUAAACUUCAAAAGAUUAGCACGCUUGCUUGAAAAUGAUCCAAAG